CUCAUAGGCUGAUUCAUUCAUUCAAAUUAAAAACCCUGAAAGGUAAAUCAGUGAGGAGCAGCUCAGAUCAGAGAACCCAGGAUGUAUUCAGAGCUUGAGUGCGGAAUUUGUUACCGGACCUAUAACGCAGGUCGGCGGUGUCCCCGGGAGCUCCUGUGCAAACACAGCUUCUGUGAGAGCUGCCUGCUGGCCCUCUCACGACCCCUGGGGCCCGAAGAGGCUCAUCCGGGAGCGGACAAGUCCAUCGUCUGCCCGCUGUGCCGACACACCACUUCCAUCUCCGGAGAGGGGACGGUGAGAGCCGGGCUGAGGGUGGAUGAGUGCGUCCUGGAGCGGCUGUUGGCAGAGGGGGUCCUCGAUCAGGAGGAGGACCCGGAGGAAGAGGAGGAGGAGGACGGUCACGUUCAAGGCGGCUUUGGCGACUGCGAGGAGGCGACGCUUCCCGACAGUCAGGCCGAGGAGAGCGACUCGUUUGCGGACUCCAGGAGUGGGAGGAUCCGGCGGGGUUGGAGGAAAGUUUGGCAGAAGAUUAGCGGGAAGAGCUCACGGCAGAGGAGCGGAGAGAACUGUAUGACCGGUGAUGACAUAAGGAACCUCGCCAUGAUGUCCUGCUACAUGUUUUAAGAGUGGACAACUUCAGAUACCCUGGACAAUGUGAUACUGUAUUUAUUUUCAAUGCUUCUCUUGGCAACAUGGACUUGAUGAUGAUGAUGACGAUGACGACGGCAAUGAUGAAACCUUGCUGGCGAGACUUUCAGCUUUUCAGCUUUCUGAUAGCUUGUGUAAACCAUGACCACUAUGUAGCUUCUCUAAUGAGGAAAAAUGGAAAACUUGUGAAUUGCCAAAGUGGCCAAUUUUAGGCCUAUUAAUGCACUAAUAUAUAUAUUUAUAUUUAUUAUUUUCAUAAGUGUAUAUUUAUUUUGAUAUGUUUGUUACAUAUUUAAGGAAAAAUAAAUGAGCUCUGGUUUC